AAUUCUUACAAUGGCACCUUCUGUUUCCAGCCUUCAAUAUGAAUCAACCUCCGCUUCGCAAAGCAGGAGGAGCCCGAAAGGCGGGUUAACUUUCCGGAUACGAGGUGUACCUCUAAGCUGGGAUAAAAAACAAUUGCAAGUCUAUCUAGAGCACCAAGAGCCCGAUUCGCAGCCACUUGUCAAAUCUCUUGCGUCUGAAGUGGAUGGCUACUCUAAAACCGCUACCGUAAUUUUCCAGAGCCCAUUGCCUGCGGAGAAAACCAGCAGGCCUUGGAAUAUCUCACUGCCGGAAUCAGACAACCAUGAUGACGACUUAUCUGUCUCAGCCCUACCUUUGAGAGUAGAUGGGGCCUUUCUCGGCAUUACUACUCUGUUUGCGCCUCCUGUAGAAGAUCAUGGUGUUGAUAUCGUCGCUGUCUCUGGCCUUGGUGGACAUGCUUACGGGUCCUUCAAAGACAAGAAUGGGAACUACAUGUGGUUGCAAGAUGCCCUUCCAUUUGAUAUCACUGAUGAUGAUAACCAUCAUCCAAUGGCCCGUAUCAUGAUAUACGGCCAUAAUUCGGCUGUUCCAAGAAGUAACAGUGUGCAAGAUAUUGACGACUUGUCCUCCGCAUUACACUCAAGCCUCUUAUCUCUUGUUCAGGCUCCACAGCCAAAGCCUAUUAUUCUUAUGGGUCAUAGCUUGGGCGGCUUGAUCAUCAAGAAGGCAUUGAUCAAUCUGUCCAAGUCUCCCAGCCAGGGCGACCAAACCCUUUUCCGAGCGAUUUAUGGGAUCGUCUUUUUCGGUGUUCCACAUGGCGGUAUGGACAUUGCGUCUCUUAUACCCAUGGUCGGUGAUGGGCCUAACCGUCCCCUUGUCGAGUCGAUUGGAGCGUCGUCUUCUAUUCUAGAUGAUUUGGAAGUGAAUUUCCACCCGUCUUUGGGUGGUCAGGGAGAGAAAGAAGUCACUUGCUUCUACGAGACAGAGCAAUCGCCGACCGCGCGGCAGGAUGAAAAGGGCAGAUGGAGCAUGAGCGGCCCUCCAACCAUCCUUGUUACCGAAUCUUCAGCGGUUCAUUGUCGCUCAUGGGAAAAUGAUAACAUUCACAUACGCCCUAUCGCACGAUCGCACUCUGAUAUCGUCAAGUUCGGUCCAGGCGACAGUUAUUAUAAAGAUGUCCGAGAUAGGCUCUACGGACUCGUUCAGCGAGCUAUGAUGCUAGAAGCACAGUGAAUACGUCUAAUUCGCUGUGAGUGUGAGAUUCGCUGUGGAAUAGGACAACGAAUGUGAAGUAUCAGCGUGGGAAGUAAUAUUUAAGUAGAAACGACACUAUUUCAUGAAAUUUGCAGUCUCUAUAACAUCUUGCGUAUCCCUGCAGCUGGAAAAAGAAGUUUCAAGGCCUCUCAAAGCUCAUUUUACAAUUUAGGUGUAUCAUGUUGAAACUCCAACCCUCAGCUUAUUCAGAGCAUCCUCAUAUUUUGCCGGACUAUGAUCCGUCAACAUGCUCGUCCCGAACCGCACCUCUCCAAAGCGACCCUCCACAUCCUUCACAUACUUGAGCACAAUCCGCUGCGCUGGCCGUCCAAUAUGCUCCUCGUCCAAGAGUAGAAAAGCAUCUCUCCUCAGCACACGCUGCGUCUCAAGGGUAAACACCUCGCCCGGCGGGAGGAGUUUCUUGCCCUUCAUGCUCGCCCUCAUAUUCUCCAGCGCAGGAAGCAUCCACCUCUCUUCAUCGCUCACGCCUCCGCUGCUGGCGACUUUGCUGGCGCUGCGAUUAAAGUACCACCUCUCUGAGACAUUGUCUUGGAGGGCAUUCCAGAUACGCUGGCGGAUUUCAGACUUUGUGUUGUUUUCGUCGUUUUUGAACGCUAGGGCAACGCCUUGAAAGUCAUGGAGCAGGCCCAAGGAUAGAUGAGGCACCAAAUCGUUGCCGUGUACGACAGUGGUAAUGAGGCCGCGGGUGAUUUGACGCAGAGACGAUGACAUGACACCUGGAGGGCCAUAUGCAUAUACGUGUAUGCGGCGACCGGACGGAGGGCGAAUCUUGCUGAGCCUCACAUUGAUGAGAGCCUCAUGCGGUGGAGGCCUAACUGUGUAUGGCUCAGCGGAUGUGACGAAACCAGGGCCACAGGGGUUAGGCUCAGACAACAUGAUUCCCAGCAGCGAGGUAACGCCAGCUCCCAAUGAGUGUCCGCACAACACGAGCCCAUAAUCGGGGAACUCGCGGAGAGCUUCUUGGAGUGUGACCAAAACACGGCCGUCAUCGCCAUAUAGUAGCCUCCUAGCAGAGGCAUGAAUGCCCUUGUGAACGCGAUACCCCUUGCCUCUCCAGACCAGUCUAUCGUACUCGCAGGUCAGAUCCGCCAGCACGUCUUC